GAAGGAGCGCCAGCUACCCGGCGUCAACGCGUGGGCCACGUCUGUGCACGUCGACAGUUGUCGGCAACUGAAAGUUAUUUUCGCAUCAGGAUUGAUUUUCCAGCCAAAAUAUGGCUCAGGGUAUAAUUUGUGGCUUCAUAAUAUUGCUGUCGGUAAGCUGUAUAGUUUCUACAAACUUUGACAGUAUAAAUACAGAUUUGACCAUAAAAAAUGCGGAGAGGAGUAUCGACCUACAGUCGCAACUCACGAAAAUUGUUAAUAAAAUCACUCUAGAAAACAACGGGAAAAGUGCUAUUAAAAAUUUCAUAUUCGCAAUUGAACAAAAACACAAAGAGAAUUUGAGCUACAUUGCUGCUCAAACGCGAGAUACCAGCCGAAAUCAGCUUAAGAUUUCAGAAACCAGUGUACCUGGCCAUUCUGACAAAUUUUUCUAUAAAGUCGAGUUGAAGGAUGUGCUUAGCCCUGGGCGUUCGUUGGUUGUCGAAAUCGAAACAGUAUCGAGCCACGAGCUGAUUCCUCAUCCGAAAGAAAUCACGCAGAAAGAGAAGCAACUUGUCCGUUACUUCGGCAAUGUUCAUCUUUUCUCCCCUUAUACAGUUACGAAGCAGACCACCAUCAUAACCUUGCCAUCACGCAAUGUGGAAAACUACACUAAAUUCAAACCAGUGAGCCAAAACGAUGCCACAAUAACAUAUGGACCCUAUGAUAAAGUUGCUCCAUUUACAAUCGAAGAUCUAGUGGUACAUUUUGAAAACAACAACAAAUUCCUGACAAUUAAGAGAUUAGAACGAGUCAUCGAGAUAUCGCAUUGGGGCAAUAUUGCCAUUGAAGAAACUAUAGACUUGUAUCAUACAGGGGCUCUACUCAAAGGCUCCUUUUCCAGAUAUGAAUAUGCAAGAGAAUCUAAAUCCGGGCAAUCCAGCGUGCAGAAUUUCAACACCAUUCUCCCAGCUGCUGCUUCAGAUGUGUAUUACAGAGAUGAGAUUGGCAACAUUUCUACGUCGCAUAUGAGAAUAAGGAAAGAUGCAGUUGAAUUGAAUCUCAGGCCACGAUUCCCCCUGUUCGGUGGUUGGAAGACUCACUAUGUCAUUGGAUACAAUGUUCCAAGCUAUGAGUAUCUUUUCAACUCUGGAGAUGAAUAUCUGCUCAGAAUGAGGUUGUUGGAUCAUGUUUUUGACGACAUGAUAAUAGAGGAAUUAAUCACAAAAAUUAUACUUCCGGAGGGAGCCCACAGUGUAAAAUUGAACACUCCCUACAGUGUAACUCGCCUGCCAGAUACUCUACAUCACACAUACUUAGAUACUAAAGGUCGACCAGUUAUAACACUCACAAAGAAUAAUUUGGUUGAAAACCAUAUUCAAGAUUUUCAACUACGGUACACAUUUCCAAGGCUUCUGAUGCUGCAGGAACCGCUGCUAGUUGUUGUUGCCCUGUACCUCUUAUUCCUUCUAGUCAUCAUUUACGUUCGUUUGGACUUUUCAAUCAAUAAGGACGAAGCAUCUGAGAGCAAGUUGAGAAUUGCUGGACAAUGUGAGAAGAUAUUGGCUGCCCAAGAUCGCAGAGUUAAUUCUUACAACGAUUUGGAUGACCAAUUAGCUGAUCUGAAAGCAAACAAAAAUACCAAUACAUUCCAAGCAGCUGUGAAGAGUAUUAAUCAGGAAUACAAGACUGCAACAAAUACCAUUACUGAAUUGAGCCAAAAGCUGAAAGGAGAACCUGGAGAUGUAUAUGAGCGAAUCCAAGAUUUGCAGAAGUUGGACAAGUCCUUGAAAGAUUUAUAUAAUCUGCAACAGACGUUAUAUUUCGAUAAACUGAUUCCUGGGAAAAUUGGCAGACAGGCAUUUGUUGAAACAGAAUCUGGAAUCAUCGAAAAGAAAGAAGAAACUGUGGAGAAAAUAAAUGCGAUAGUGAAGUCAUUGCAAUAGAUUUAGGAAUAAGAACAACAUUUAUUCCAUUAACAAUUUCCAAAAGUUACCUACUUGGAAAUUAGAUUGGAAAGAAUGAUCUUUACUUUAACCAUCUUUUUAUAAUUGUACCAGAAACAUGAUACUACUGAAAAUAAAAUGGGAUGUUGUUACUUAUGUAUCACCAGCCUGAUAUUUAUUGGUAUUAAUUAUUUAAGCUCUGAUGAAUGCAUACUGCAAACAAAGAUCAUAAUUAUCUGUUCAACCAGUUGUUGCCUAAGCAUAGGAAGUGCUAACUUGUAUGAAUAUUUCAAAUCAACUUUCCUUAUAACAAACACAUGUUUUUUAGUGCUCCAUAUUUUUCAUGAUACAGUAAGUGUCACACAGAAAUGAUUCUGCAUGUAAAACUUUAGAAAUGGCCAAUGGAGCUAUCAAGUUCAAUGCUAUGUGUGAUAACGUUCAUUACCAUGAUUUGAAUGAAUUUGAUAUCACAAAUACAACACAAAAUUAAUUGUAAGGAGCAUAGUGAAGUGUUUUUUGUAGUCUAGUCGGUUCAUUGCCUUUAACAUUGACUUUACAAGAUGACAACUAAAAAAAAAUGAGAAUGAGAAUCCAUGUCAAAAACACACCACUGUCAAUCAUUUUAAGUGAUAAUAAACCGAUGAUUUACA